AGACUAGUUGUUUUGGAGGAAGUGAGAGAGAAAAAAAUCAGUCGCGAAAAGAAACCAGGGCAAAAGACAAGACAACAAGAUCUGAACAAAAAUUAUAUAGCAAAUUAUACGUAUUUACACUAAUGUGAAGGGAAUCUGAAAAUACUAAUCGGGGAAUCUGAAUAUCAAAGAGAGAUAAGCAUCUCAAGCUGCAGAAACCAACUUGAUACAUUAGCAUUUUAACUGGGUAAUUUAGCUAACGCAUUAACUAGCUAUCUAUUUUGCUCGUGACAGUUAUUCAAAUUCAACAAGAGGCUCACCUGAGUCGAUACAGCGGUCUGGUGUGUUGGAAGUUGAAGGACAAUGACCCAACACACCUCCAGGCCGUGUAAGGGCUAUUUGACCAUGGGGAGUGAUGGAGUGCUGCAUCAGAUAACCUGGCCUCCACAAUCACCUGACCUCAAGCCAAUUGAGAUGGUUUGGGAUGAGUUGGACCGCAGAGUGAAGGAAAAGCAGCCAACAAGUGCUCAGCAUAUGUGGGAAAUCCUUCAAGACUGUUGGAAAAGCAUUCCAGACACGGCAGAAUGACGUCCAGGAAGAAAGUGCUCCUGAAAGUCAUCAUCCUUGGGGAUUCUGGAGUUGGGAAGACCUCCCUGAUGAACCAGUAUGUGAAUAGGAAGUUCAGUAACCAGUACAAAGCCACAAUAGGAGCUGACUUCCUGACCAAGGAGGUGAUGGUGGACGAUCGGCUCGUCACAAUGCAGAUCUGGGACACGGCAGGGCAGGAGAGGUUCCAGUCUCUGGGUGUGGCGUUCUACCGCGGGGCAGACUGCUGUGUGCUGGUGUUUGAUGUGACUGCUCCUAACACCUUCAAGACUCUAGACAGCUGGAGGGACGAGUUCCUCAUCCAGGCCAGUCCCAGGGACCCCGAGAACUUCCCCUUUGUGGUGCUAGGCAACAAAAUCGACCUGGAGAACAGACAGGUGACGACCAAGCGAGCUCAGGCAUGGUGUCAGAGUAAGGACAACAUCCCCUACUUUGAGACCAGUGCUAAGGAGGCCAUCAACGUAGAGCAGGCCUUCCAGACCAUCGCACGCAAUGCCCUCAAACAGGAGACUGAGGUGGAGCUGUAUAAUGAAUUCCCGGAACCCAUCAAGCUGGACAGGAAUGAUCGAGCAAAGCCUUCAGCAGAGGCCUGCAGCUGCUGAGGCACAACAUGGACUAUCUUCUGUCUGGCUUUCAGGAACAAACCCCUUCUCUCUUUCUAAAGGAAAGGACAGCCUCUCUGGUUUCUGCAUGCACCCAUGUCACAUUGCCCUCCCACCAGAAUCCCAACAAGUGUCCAGUUAUUUACAUGUACUGCCCAUGAUGGGUGUAUACAUACACCUUUAACACACAUUCAUUCACUCCCACACAUACACAUCUUGAUGAAUCCAAUGCCGUUAGAGAAGAAUUGGUACACCCCUGUAGACUCCACUAUUCAUGCCCGUUCCUGAAUCCAUACCAUGAGUGAACCCACAGCCUGGCCCACCCUGUCUGACUGUGUCCCCUCUCUGUCUCUCACAUUGGGGGGUCCAGAUGGAGCCAUGUCCUAGGAGUGCAGUGGAGAACUCUAAAGUGAUGGCUGAAGCUUCUUGACAUGAGAUUAUGAUGAUGAUAUAUUUGUCUCAUUGUCCUGAAACGUUUAAUCCUCUGUAUUUUCUGUUCUUCAUAAUUGUUUUGUUUUGACUUGAAGUUCUAUAUUGCCUAACUUACUGUUGACAAAUAAUUAGCUGUGCUAUAAUUUUUUUGUUCGUAUUGGCUGUCGAUGUUAAGUCUUAAGCCAAUCGGAAGCUUAUACUUGGUUUUGCACUGUGGUUUUGCUGAUAUGUUUUGUUAUAAACUCUUAUUUGGGCUUGACUGACAACAAGCCAUUAACAACAACACUGCUCCCACCAUCCUUCUCUACUACCCCCAGGAAGCCUGUUGAUGCUAUAAAAAAUGCACAGGUGGCUCCCUUUUGUUCGGAGCGCGCAUUGGUUGGUUUAGUAGCUUAUGUUGCAGGGGAAAUAUUCAUAAGUAGGCGAUGAAGAGAGAGAAGCUGACGAUGCAAACACAAUGGAAGACAUGGAGAAAGUUCAUAUUAAGAUAUUAAUAGUCCUAGAACUACUGCUACUACUAUGUUCUAUUUGUCCUUUCCUUUGUCAGACAAUGUGUUUCAACACUACAAUUACAGCUCUGCUCCUCUACAUCUGUCCACUGUUAUGCCUGUAUUGUCUAUACUGUAUCUUCCUUUCUGCUGGUAGCUCAGGUUGGCAAGAGUUUGUUAAUAAGUGCUUAAUAUGACUUUUUAACAGAUUGUGUACUACUAUUGAGUGUGGGUAUAACAGGAACAGUGGGGAAAAGAUGAGAGAUUAAACAAUUGGAUGUUAUUUCUAUCAAUCACAAAGAAACAGUCCAAGGAUUUGCCCUGGUAUUACUCCUCUUCUUCACGAAAUAAUCAGUGCUAUGCCAAUUCAGUUGUUGAGUAUUGGGAUUUCAAAAGUAAUGAUAAUAAAAAGUAAUUCAAUAUAACAAAAA